AUGUCCUUCUUGUUAGGAGAUGACUAUGCUAGCAGUAGUAGCGAGAGUGAGAGCGAUAGAGAAGAGAGUGUAACGAAGCAAACAACGAGAAAGGAGACGAAUAGCAACACGAAGCCUCUGACACAGCUAUUACCGUCAGCUGACAGCGUCUUGUCUAGUGUGGCCACGUCUACGGCCUCGUUCUUGCCGCCGAACACUAGUGCUACGUUUCAUAGUACCGUCAAGUCUUUUAACUUGAUUGUCGAACAGGAAUCACAACGUCAAGAACAGAAGAAAGAACAGCGAGAGCAACACCCCGAGGUUCAGCGCGUGAAGACAAGCAGAAUCAACCGAAAGCGACCGAUGCAGGAAGCGGUAUCGAGAGAGCCGUCAAUAAAGCGCGAGAAAAAAGACGCGAAGGAGCGGGUAAAGAGUCAAAGAAUGAAAGGUCAAUCAGGUAUUGGCUCCGAUUUUCGUGGCUGGAAGCCAGAGACCGAGAUGGUACUUCGCCAACAGUUCGACUAA